UUUUCGGUUACUGUUCAACCAUUACCGUGGAAACACAAAGCACAAUCUCCAUCUUUAUUUUAUCCCGCACAGGCGUCUUAAGGAGGGUUCGUUUCCUUCUUUUUUUUUCGUUGUUGUUGUUGCUGUUGUGCUUUCUCCUUUAAGUUUUGCUCCUGCCAAAAAAAAAAAAAAAAAAAAAUCCAUACCCGGCCUUUGGACACUCCAUCCCCCGUCUGCUGUUUUGUACAAUGUCCAUGACCCCUGGUGCUCAAUCCAUUGCUGAUCUUACAACCGAGAUAAAACCUACUCACGGCCACAUCCCACCGCCAUUAGUCGGUGCAUCCACCACCAUCGUGGGGGAUAAAAUGUAUGUGUUUGGAGGUCGAUGGGUAUCGUCUCGUCAAAUGAGCAACGAACUGUACAUUCUCGAUCUUCCCACCAUGACCUGGUCUCGAUACGCCGCAUCGUCCGACGCUCCAUCUCCACCGAAACCACGCUAUUUUCAUACCGCCAAUGUGUACCAGUCGUAUCUCGUCUUUUUUGGCGGCAUGAGUCUCGUCCACCCAGAGUCCGCUCAGCAGGAUCUUUGCGCUCUGGAUGAUUUGUGUCUAUUUAACCUCGAGACGAUGCGCUGGAUCCGCCGAGAUAUCAGUCUCAGUCUGUUUUCGCCCAAAGCACGAUACGCCCACAUCGCUGUCUGUGCACACGAUAAAUUGGUGGUCAUGGGAGGCCAGGAUAUGGCGAAUCAAUACGUCAACGAAAUGAAUGUUUUCGAUUUCAAUUCGUUCACAUGGAUUCAGGGAGCACCACUGGAACGUCAAUACGGAGCCUACAGAGCUGUCGCGUUUUGUCCCUCACCGCAGGAUUCCCGACUGAUUGAUAACCCUUUUUGGAAAGACAACAACGAUGACGAGGAUCCAUCGCUUUGCGUUUAUUCCAAUUACAACUUUUCCGAUGUCGCUCGCGAUUUGCAAUCCUUUCACCCCAUGCGUGCUUCCACUUCCAAAAUGCGCGAUCAUUCUUCUCAGAUGGUCGGACCUUGCUUACCACCUGGCCUUCGUUUUCCCAUUGGCGACGUUAUUGGUCAUCACAUGGUUCUCACCGGAACCUAUCUCACCCCGAAUCAUCGCAGUUUCCAUAUUUGGGCCUUUGACUUGGGCAAUCUAGUGUGGACUCGUAUUGAUACCGGUUCCGUCUUGUCCGCCGGUUCAUGGAAUCGGGGAGUGCUUCACCGCGAUCAAAAUCGUCUUUACGUUCUCGGUCACCGGGAUCGAGAUUUAUUGGAGGACUACAAUCACCGACAGCUAAAUUUCGAUCAUGCAGCUGUCAUUGAUUUGGAAGCUUUUGGCAUUUACACUCCACCCCGCAAAGCGCCUUUGCCGGUGUCGGGUGAACUUGGACUUUCUAUGCUAAGCGAACUCAUGAUGGCCGAUAUGGAGGUGUUGUGUGCCGACAGUCGACCCAUUCCUGUGAAUUCCACCAUUGUCGGUCGCCGAUGGCCUUAUUUUGCUCAAUAUUUACAGAAACCUGAUAAACGAUCGCUUCAUCUCAAAUCCAUUUCCUUCCCCGAACCGUAUCCUGUCGCCUGGGCCUUUUUCCAAUAUAUUUACACGGAUGAUCUAAUGACCGUCCAGCAGCAUCAGCCGCAAGUUUUGGCUCGGCUGUUACUGUUGGCGGAUAUGUACAACAUGUACCGUCUGGGCCAACUUGCCACGCACGCAUUACAUCAAAUCUUGACGAUUUCCACUGCCAGCAUGGUGUACGAAACCGCGGCGCUUACCUGUCGUACAGCUUUGCAAGUGCGUGCUUUGCGCGUCAUGAUCAAUGCUAAGAAAAUGCUUCAACAACAGCAACAACAACAACAGCAACAUGCAGCCGAUCCAGUCACUGAUAGUCCUACUCUGAGUGGCCCUCAAUCACCGCAUGCCACCACCGCAAUGACGACGCCUUUCUCGACGAAAAGAACACCAGAAAAACUCGGCAUGGUCCGAUCAUUGAGCCAUGACACGCGAGACAUGGCGGCGGCGAUUUCCAGUGGUUUUUCUAGUUUCCAGACCUCUUCUAGUGGAUCGUCUAGUCCUGUUCCUUCAUCUCCACCGAUUCCCCGUCGUCGUCUUGGCCUUUCAAAAUCCACCACCACGGCCGAAUCACAGCACAACGCCACGACCAAAGGAUCGAUCUCGGGAACAUCGACACCCCCACCUCCCUCUUCAUUCAAACCGCUCUUCUUGGAAAGACGACGGAAAGGAAGCUUAGCAAGUCAACAGCAACCACUGUCACCGCAACAACAACCUCUGUCACAACCUAAACUUCCUUAUCUACCCUCCACUGUCGAAAAACCUAGUCUUGGCAUAGGCUCAUUUUAGUCGAAUCGCUUUAUUGGUUCACAACUUGACUUCUCUUUAUUUUUUUUCUUAUCCUUUUUUGUUCUUGUGUCCUUGUGUCCUUGUGUUAGUAUUUGUCGCAUUACUUUUCUUUUUAUUUUCCUUUCAGUAAUAUGAUAAUCUGAGUUCUCUUGUCAAGCUUUUGACCUGCCACAUCAAUAAAGUGAAAUUUAAAAUAACAUAUCCCAUAAAAGCGCGUCAUUUAUCGUAUGGCAUGGAAUC